UGCACUGUUAUGUUUUUUUUCAGACCUGCGGAUCAAAUAAUUCUCUGAUUUAUUAAAACUUUAUGAAAAAAAUUGAAACAAUUAAACAAGUGCUUGAUGGACUUGGCGCCGUGCGCAUACUUGUCAUAAUUAAAGAUAAUCGUUAGCAGUGAACACAGUUGCAGUUGCAUAACUUGUCAUUGCCAAAAAAAGAGCAGCAAAACUGCAGCAUAAUUUCAACCACUGAAAGUUCUCGUGGACCUGGUGAAAUAAUUAAGAAAAGUUAAUACUAAUACAAAUACAAAACCAUUGGGAUAAGCCCCUGUUCGGGCCCCCAACCGGCCCACGCCUGCAUUUGGGCCCCCGCUCAUCCAUCUACGCGCCGUGUCGCAUCGUUCGUGCCUUCAAAAGUAGUUUUUUUGUGCUGCCUGUUUUUGUAAAUCUCAAGUGCGCGUUAAUUAGUGGCUAUUUAAUCAAUCACCGAUUAAGUGACGAGAGAGCGAGAGCAUGGCUCAAAACACGGCAGAUACUUUCAUCCAUUUGAUUGCCGGCGGAUCGGCUGGCACCGUUGGUGCUGUGGUAACAUGCCCCCUGGAGGUGGUCAAGACGCGUCUGCAGAGCUCCACGGCAUUCAUGACGCCGUCGUCGAGGCUCGUAGAGCCAACGGGGAGUGGACCGGCCAAUGGCGGACCCUCGGAGCUAUUGAGGCCGGAACAACGACGUAAGCUAAGCACAACGAUAUUACGUAACAGAUCACAGCCACAGGUGAUUGGGGGUGUGCGUAGGAUUAUGGCCAUUUCACAUUGCGGCAUCUCAUCGACAACCCCUAAAUCCAUGAGCAUCAUACAGUGUCUGCGACACAUUGUCCAGAACGAGGGAGCACGUGCCCUGUUCAAAGGUCUUGGUCCGAAUCUCGUGGGCGUUGCGCCCUCCCGUGCCAUUUACUUUUGCACCUACUCACAGACCAAGAACUCGCUCAACAGUUUGGGUUUCGUUGAGCGUGACUCUCCGCUGGUGCACAUCAUGAGUGCGGCCAGUGCUGGCUUUGUCUCAUCCACGGCCACUAAUCCCAUUUGGUUUGUGAAGACCCGCAUGCAAUUGGACCACAACUCCAAGGUGCAAAUGACAGUGAGGCAGUGCAUUGAGCGUGUGUAUGCCCAGGGCGGCAUUGCGGCCUUCUACAAGGGCAUCACGGCCAGCUACUUUGGCAUCUGCGAGACCAUGGUGCACUUUGUCAUCUACGAGUUCAUCAAGUCCAAAUUGUUGGAGCAACGCAAUCAGCGGCAAUCGGACACCAAGGGCUCACGUGACUUUUUGGAAUUCAUGAUGGCUGGCGCCGUUUCCAAGACAAUUGCCUCCUGCAUUGCCUAUCCCCAUGAGGUGGCACGUACGCGUCUGCGCGAGGAGGGCAACAAGUACAAUUCCUUCUGGCAGACACUGAAUACGGUGUGGAAGGAGGAGGGAAGACCUGGACUGUAUAGAGGCUUGGCCACGCAGCUGGUCAGACAGAUACCGAACACGGCAAUCAUGAUGGCCACCUAUGAGGCGGUUGUCUAUGUGCUGACGCGUCGCUUCAACAACAAAUCGAACGAGUUUUACGAUUUUUAAAGGAUAAGUCAACCCAUCCCUUGCACCCCAAAGCACUCACUCCCUGGAGGUAACGUCAGAUAGACAGACGGAUGGAUGAAUGGAUAGUUAACAGUGAAAAAGGAGUAAGAGAAGGAGAGAAAGAGAAACCCAAUCUGUGCAUAUGUAGACGCGACUGCUGCAACUUAAUUGUAAUUGUAAUCCUUUUUCUAGACGAUCGAAACCAACGAGCGCAAAUUUUUUAGUUAAAUUAGCUUCUAAGGCAAACCCAAAACAGAAAACAAAAACGAACUCGAGAGACUUGAGAGACGACGUUGACGUUGAACGUUGGCCAACGCAAAAAAAACACGCACGCACCACGUACGAUUUCCAUAACACAGUUUAUCUGCUACUAGUAUAUAAUUGCUAUAGAGUCAUGUACAACCUGCAGUAUAUGGGAGGCCAAAAAAAAAAGCAACGACUUAAGUUCGAUGGGAUUCGGCAAGAAACGUUAUCAAAAUUUGAAAAGGCUGCUAUUUAGUUAAAGAUACAAUAUAUAUAUAUAUAUAUAUAUAUAAAUAUGUAUGUAUGUAUAGAACGUGGUUGAUAUUUUGAUAUAUGUAAAUGUAAAUAGCGAGAGGGUUGCGCUCAGAGUUUAUUGUAAAUAGAUGAGGCCCCCACCCUCCCACACAAUUUAGUUUGUUUAGUUUGUAAGCACAAAGUGUUGGAUAAGAAAGCCGCCAUAUAUAUAUACAUAUGUAUGUAUGUAGUACCGAUACGAUCUGCACUGCGCUGAAUAUACGAGUACAUACAUACACGUAAUUGUAACCAUAAACGUUUUCUGUUAAGUUUCCUCAAAUGCGAUAUACAUUUUAGUUACUAUUACUCUAUUACUCUAUUGCAUACGAUUAUAAUUAUCAUUAUUAUUAUUAUUAUUACAAAUAUUAUUAUUAUUAUUAUCGAUACGUUGCUGUUUAUUUAGUCCAUUAAUUAGCUAGUUAGUGUGUGCCACUAUGAAUUAUGGGGCCCCUAAGCGUAUUUCAUUGAUAACGAGCAAAGAACGAAGAAAACUACUGUGAAUAAUUGAUUACAAUCUGAUUUAAUGGUGAAAUCAAUAAAUACAACAAUUUUGUU